AUGUCAGCACAAGAGCAGGAAGAGACUUCCAGCGUGAGAGGAGAGGCAUCUGAGGAAAGGGAUGCCAAGUCAGGGGGAGGAGCCGGCGAGGGAGCUGGAGAGGAGGAGCCUCAGGCAGAAGGCGGGGCUUCUGACAAGGAAGAGACUUGCCAUGCGGAAGAGGGGGCUUGUGACAACAUGGAGACAGCUGCGGGGGACAUGGGAGGUUCAGGGAAGGAGGAGAAAGACAGGGGAAAGGAGGUGCAGAAACAUGGAGAAAUAGAUGGGGGAAGCAAAGAGAGUGGCGCAAAAGAAGAAGAGGAGGAGGUGACAGAGAGACCAGCAGGGACAGGUGAGGGUCAGGGGCGGAGCACUGAGACAGAGGUAGAGAUGGGAAACAGCGAAGAGAAGAAGAAACAAGGGGAAAGGGAUACGCAGGGAGAGGACAGAAAGAAAGGGGAAAAAAUCAAAAAGGAGGAGAAUACUGAGAAGAAGAGUGGGGGAGGUGAGGAGACAGAGACAAACAAACAGAAGGACAAACGGACACAGCUGGAAUCAGCUAAAGGCCAGCAGAAAGGAAAGGGAGCCAAGAACGAGGGAGGACAAGUGAAACCAAAGGAGGGAGGUGGAGCCAAGGUGAAAGGCAAGGAGGCAGAGAAACAAAGCCAGGCGAAAAGGAAGACAGGCCUGAAUCCUUCCUCCUCUCCCGUGUCCACAACCCCCGUCUCCCUGUGCCGUCCAAGGACGUCAGCUCGCUCCUUCCGAAGCGCCACAAAAAAAGACAUACUAGCCAAGUUCCAGCAGAACUGCCCCGAAACACCAGUUGUUCCCAAUUUUAAGGUUCAGAGGUCCUCCGCGGGCUUCUCCAACGGGGCAUCGAUCAAACAGAAAGUGCUCCAGUGGUGUCGCAAUAAGACGCGCAAUUACGAGGGUGUGUGCAUUGAAAACUUCUCCUCCUCCUGGUCUGAUGGCCUGGCCUUCUGCGCGCUCGUUCACCGGUUCUUUCCAGACGCGUUCGAUUUCUGCGAGCUGCGGGCGGAAGAGAGGGAAAAAAACUUCACUUUAGCCUUCAGCACUGCAGAGUCGAAGGCUGACUGCUGCCCUCUGCUGGAAGUGAGUGACAUGAUUUUAAUGGGAGGUGCACCAGACCCGCUGUGUGUGUUCACCUAUGUGCAGUCCCUCGUCCAACACCUGUCCAAAAUAGAGAAGCAGAGGAAGGAGAAGGAGCAGGAGGAAAAGGGAGGAGCCGAGGAAGAGAGGACGAACGGGACAAAGGAGGAGGGGAGGGGGGAGCAAACGGCCGACGGCGGGGAGGCAAGCAAAUCAGAGAGCGGGAACGAGGGAGAGUGUGGAACCGAAGGAGAGAGAGGGACAGGAGAGCGGCAGCGCUCCAAAGAGAUUGUUCCAUCAAAGGUCGCCCCCUCGAGCCCCCUGUAA